GCAGCGAGCCUGCGCGCGCGAGUGGGAGGUGGCAGGCCUCGGCUCCGGCCUUCCCCGCUGACUGUUCCAGCGCCGAGUCUCCAGCCAUGAACCGGUUUGGUACCCGGUUAAUGGGAGCCGCGGCAGCCCCGUCGCCUCCGUCGAAAGUCCGAAGCAAUGAAAACCUCGACAAAAUCGAUAUGUCUUUGGAUGAUAUCAUCAAAUUGAAUCGAAAGGAAGGAAAGAAGCAGAAUUUUCCAAGACUAAAUAGAAGACUCCAGCAAAGUGGUGCCCGACAGUUCAGGAUGAGAGUGCGGUGGGGAAUCCAGCAGAAUACUGGUUUUGGUAAGAAUAGCAUUAGCCGCAGAGGAAGAGUAAUGCCUGGAAAGAGACGUCCUUAUGGAGUUAUCACUGGCCUUGCAGCUAGAAAAGCAACUGGAAUUCGAAAAGGAAUUAGUCCUAUGAAUCGACCACCUCUAAGUGAUAAGAAUAUAGAAAGAUACUUUCCAGUGUUAAAAAGGAAGGCAAACCUUCUGAGACAAAAUGAAAUGCAGAGGAAACCAGUUGCAGUUCUCAAGAGACCUAACCAGUUAAAUAGAAAAAAUAAUGUUCCAGCCAAUUUUACUAGGAGUGGAAAUAAAUUAAGUCAUCAGAAGGACACUCGUCAGGCAACUUUUCUUUUCAGAAGAGGCCUUAAGGUUCAGGCCCAGUUGAACACAGAACAACUGCUAGACGAUGUAGUAGCAAAGAGAACUCGUCAAUGGCGGACAUCUACCACAAAUGGAGGAAUUUUGACUGUAUCCAUUGAUAAUCCUGGAGCAGUGCAGUGCCCAGUAACUCAGAAGCCACGAUUAACUCGUACUGCUGUGCCCUCAUUCUUGACAAAACGGGAGCAAUCUGAUGUAAAGAAAGUCCCUAAAGGUGUCCCCCUACAAUUUGACAUAAACAGUGUUGGAAAGCAGACAGGGAUGACUUUGAAUGAGCGAUUUGGGAUCCUGAAGGAACAAAGAGCCACUCUCACGUAUAACAAAGGAGGAAGCCGCUUUGUAACUGUGGGAUAGAUCUUGUGUUAAAAGGGACUCUUGAGUGAUGACUAUAUUAAAAGUUGAGUUGCUUGAAAAGUUCAUCACAGAAAUUCAAGAAACUUUAUUUCAAAAUACAAGGCUAAAUAACUCUUAUUUUUAUUUUGAAGUGUUUUUUUUUUUUUUUUUUAAACAUAUAUAAAAAUGCCCUGAAAGUGUACCAGGGAAUAUACCUUAUCUGUUCUCAAAGGUUUUGUGGUUGGCCAAGAUAGACCAAUUCUCUAUUUGACUUUAGUUCCACUUGCCACAGAAAGACGACAGAAAGAUAGAAAUUGAUUAUUUUUAUGAUAGUGGUAUUUAGGAUCUCAUUGCCUUUGCCCAUUUUUUACUCUUUGUCAUGGUAAAUUUUGGUCUUCAGAAAUAUGAGCAGGUCCUUUUGUUGCUGUCUCUUAUCCUUUAAUAGUGUUGAUGUAACAGUACAGUUGACUUUUCCUCAUUAAAGAUAUUAAAAAUAUAUUAGAAUUCCAGUUUUGGGUUUUAAGAUUUAAGGAAAUAUCUGGAACUUAGUUCAUUUUCAAGUAAUAUUCGGUUAAUUCUCCAGAGUUGUAAAUCUUUAGUAUUGAACUUUCAAUAAAAAAUUUGGUUGUAGGCAUUAGUCUCAGUUUAAAUGUUGGUGUUUGAAGGCUAUAAAUGUGUGUUGCAGUUAUUUGAUAGGGUCUUGAAGGAAAAUGUCCUCCAAAGUGCAAAAAUCUGAAAGUUGUGUUUAGUAAAUGAAGAAAGCAUGAAAGGAAGUAGAUUGAGGAUGGUAACUGAAGUGAAAAACUUUAAAACCCAGGUCAUAGGUAUACUGUUUGGAUUUAGUGUAGUCUUGAGUCUGGUGUCCACAAAGAAUUCUUCAAAUGAUAUUUGGAAGAAAUAUAAUUAUUAAAUGAAUUGAGUCCCUUAGAUAUUUCCAUAGUAAAAUUAAUAGUCAUAAAGCCCUAGAUUUUCUUAUUUAAGAGUUACAUUUUAUAAGCUUUUGAGCUAACUAAAUUAAACUGUAUACAGCUCCAAAAAUAACAAGUGUAUGUCACCAAAACAUGCAGAAUAAUAGAGUUAAUAUUGUAACCUUGUUUUAUGAUUUCUUGUAUAAAAUUCAGGCAUUUAUGAGAAAAGAGUCCUCCCUCCCAACUUUGGAGGGGAAGGAGGAGUUAGUGGUUGUGCCAAGCCAGAGCUAGCAGUUCUCAGAUAGUUAUAUACUCUAAGUUAUGGUAUAAUGCUAGAAUGGAGCAAAAUAUUCCAGUGACAAGUUUAAAGUUUGAUCAUCUUAAUGCCUGACCUUUUGGUUUUCUAUAAUGUUAAAACUUUUAAGUAGGUGUUAGUUUCCCUGGAGUAUUUUAUUGUAGUUGAUUUUUCCUGUAAAAAAAAAAACAAAAACUUUUCACCCCUGCCUGCCUUGCAUUGUAGAUUAGACUUCAUUGUUGUCAUAUUCUCCAUGGGUUUACUUGGUUUAUGCUAGCCACAGAAAACUAUCAAUAAUAGUUACAUGCUUAUACCAAAGAAUUAAAUCUGAUCCUUAACAUCUGGUAUUUUGCCAGUAAGUCUAUUGAUAAGGGAUUAUUGGAAGCCAGUCACAAUUUGAAAAUAACCGCUAGUCUUUCCAUAGACCGAGGACUCCUGCAAAACAUUUUUGCAAGUAUGAAUGCUUAGAUUUGAUCCAUGAAUGAUGUAUUUUAGACUGGUUUAUAAUUACUGGCAGCUUAAACAAAGGGAAAACAACUGAGCUUGAGUUUGCUGCGUUUAAACAGUUUGUUAAAAUGCAGUAUAAAGAUGUUUUCAUUUUGUUGUUAUUUUAAAAACAGAGUUGUUAUUAAUGCCAUUUUCUUUUUUGGAAACCUUAAAAAUUGUCCCAAAUAUUGAAAAUUAAGUGCAUCAAAAAGCAGUGUCUUUAUGUGUUAAACUUUUGCUCUUUGUGCUUCUGUAAUUUCAUUUUCUUUUUAAAUAUAACAUUUGCCCUUGUUAAAUCUAAAUUAAAAUUCUUGAGUGCCGAUAUGGUGUAUAUAAACAAAAGAAGAUGUUUUGUUGGAGAAAAAUUUUCUUUCAUGGAAUGUGAUUGUAGUCAUCCUUUUUCAGUUCUACAUUUUUUUUUUUUGAACAGGAUGCAACUUCAAAUUUCCUUUGCAUCAAGAUGUAUGCAAAACAUUGAUGCAGUGCAUCAAAAAUGAAAGUUUGUAUUUAAUGAGAUGCUUUACACUGUAAUUUUUGGUGUUUUUGGGAAAAGUUACAUUUAGAUCUAUUCUGAAGCUGUUCAUUUUUAAAAAAUAAAAUGUUACAGGUCUCACAUGAUUUAUUAGCUAUAAAGAUUCAGUUGUGGUUUUUAGAAUGUUGAAUGUUGCAAAGGACUUUAUAGUAAUUAUAAUUUUUAGGGUUUGAAAGUUAACUACAAACUAAAUUGGUAAAUCAGUCUAGACCCAUAUUGAUGUCUCUCUUAACUGCCUUUUGGUCAUUUCCAAUGGGAGAUAGCCAGGAAAACUUAAUACAAUUUACUUAGAAUACAGAAUAUUAGGUUAGAUGAGUCUUUAGAAACCAUCCAGUCAAUCCCGCUUUUUACAUUUUAGUUAAGUGUAAUCCAAAUUUUUGAGAUUUGUAUGUUGGAGAGUCAUUUUUGGAGCUCAAAUCUUUUAAUUCUUGGUUCAUAAUAAACUGUUGCUCUGAAAUGAACAUCCACAGAAAGUGGUGGAAUGCUAUGUGGCUUGUUAAAUAUCUAAGGAGUGAUAGUAGCCUUGCUUUAGCAUUUAUAGUAUGGUUAGUAAAUCUGUGCUAGCAGUGAUUAUUAUGAAAUGUCAGUUAGUUUGGUAUUUAAGUUACGUUAAACCCACUAGAAGAGGCCAGUGUUCAUAAUCAGACGUUAUGUAUUUUUUUCAUACAGGCAUAAACCUCACAGUUUUAAUUGUAAGCAAAUCAAAAUAUUCCUAAGUAUCAAGAAAUUUUUGGACUUCAUUGCCUAAUGGUUUUUUGUUACAUUAGGUAUGUAUAUCAUAUUUUGAUGUCAAUUUUUAUAAUUCACGCAAUAUACACUGUGUCAGGGAAUUUUGUUGUGAUUUUAUUUCCUGUAAGGAGAUGAGAGUGACUAAUAAUAGCUGGCGUUGCACUACAGAGAAUAAAUACCAUACACUCUGAAUAAAGGCAAUAUUGGAACCAAUAAUUUCUUUAUUUCUGAUCAGUAUAUUUUUGAUCUUGAAUCAGAAUUAUGUGAUAGUUUUUUUUUUGUGGUUCCCUUUAAAAAUAAUUCUUUUUGCAUAGAUCACUUGGAGUUAGUUUCUUUUUUAAAAUGAUACAAAUAAACCUAAGCAUUUACAACAAAAAAUUUAAAUUAUUGUGGACCAUUAAUUAGGGAUUUUAAAAUGUGCUUAUAAAUUGUUAACUUCAAAUGUCUCCUUUUUUCCCCCUGCCAUUAGAUUACUUUCUAGCUGAAAUCUGUUCAACAAAAGCUUGAUGAAAGAAAUGUUACACCAUUCCAGAACAGAAAUUCUUUGUUUUGAGUGUAUUCAGAUGAAAUUUACCAGUGUUUAAAGACAAUAGGAAAACUACUUCUCUAGUGUGUAUGUGUUUAAUUGAUACUUUAAUGUCCCUCAAAUGACAAGAAAAUCACAUUGUCUUAAUUUUCUUAUCUAAAGUUUUAAAAAGUCA